GAUUUACUCACCUUUUAAAGCAGUACUUCAGUCUUUUCUCCACAGUUCAGGCUCCUCUUUUGAAGUUAUGACUUUGACCUCCAGUUAGCUAGCCCUUUAGCUAACUACCUGUUGCUGUUUAGUGUGUUGACACAAUGACAACCAUGUAUCCUGUGGAGAUGUCUCACGUCCCGGGCCGUGAUCCAGCCUUUAUGGAGGCCAUCGAUAAGAACAUGCGUGUCCCAGAGCGCUUAAGCAUGGGCCCCGAGCAGCAUGAUGAUGGGGAGGCCACGAGGAGGUGGAAUGAGCCCCCACCUGCCUACACCAUGCAGGUCCCCGAUAGACUCACAUAUACAGAAGCUCCUGAUAUGAGUCCCAGACCUCUGUUCGGUCCAGCCAGACUGACCCCCUCUGGUCCUGCAGGUCUGGAGCCGUGCUGGGAGACUUCAUCUGGGGAGGUUUUCUAUAGGGAUACGCUGCAGUGUCCUAUAAGAAGAUCACUCAGUGACCAGAGCUUUGGCAGGACACCACCUGGCACUCCGACCCAGCUCAAGCAGGGCAUGGUUGUGCCCAGACACCCGUCCAGCUCUCGAGGUUCAGAUCAUCCCCUCCACCGUCGCUCCCCCGUCGUGGCCGUUGACCCCCAGGUUCAGCCUCAGCCUCAGGCUCCCCCCGCUGCCCCCCUCAGCCUUCUGUCCCCGCAGUCUGUACUGCAGGCAGCCAGGCACAUGGGCCUGCAGGCUUCACAGCGCCUCCUACAGACCAUCAACAACAGAUACAGAUUUAACAGGCAGGAGAGACCACCGCUGCCACCAGCAGCCGCUGCCGCCGCCGAGGCCCGUCCUCCAGCAAAUGUGGAAUACAGCAAUAAAAGGGCCAUGGAGAGCUGGAGUCCAGAAGAAGAAGGAAGUGGAGCUGUGGAGUUCAUCGUCCUCAGGAGACAGGUGAUGAAGAUGAAUCGGCGUCUGGCGGCACUUGAGAGACACAACUUGGAGCGUAGGAAUACUGAGGUGGUCCUGUUCUCACUGCUGAUCUCCGCCUGCCUCCUCAACGCCUGGCUGUGGAUCCGCAGAUAACACACAUACACACAUACACCUGCACAAAUAGAUCCCUGCUUUAGGUUCAACUAAACCUGACACUAACCCCUCAAACAUGUCUGAAUGAGCCUUAAUGUCACUAUACAUUUAAUACCAAACCAAAGGAGAAUCCAGGGGCUUAUGAGGAGCUGUCACUACAAACACAGGCUCAGACUUUUAUAGCAUCAUGUCCACAACAGAUCGACAUUAACUGCAUUAAAUUAUUCUGAACAAUGUUAGAUGAUUUAGACUAAAUGUAGCCAGAGCUCAGUUUAUUUAGGCUUUGUGUCUUAAAUUUUGGACUUGUCUUUGUGCUCAGUUGAGGUCAGAGGUCAGUUACUGUAAAUCAGACUGUUAGUUCAUAUGAGUGUAAAAGCACAUGAGAUGGGUUUGGUUUUAGUUUAUUUCUGCUGUGUGGAUGAAUGAGUGAUGUAUGUCCUGUUAUUAUGGAUGAGGUGAACUGACUAGAAUCAUAUUAGAACAGGGUGUCAAACAUAUGGCCCACGGGCCAAAACUGGCCCGCCAAAUGGUCCACUCUGGCCUGUGGGAUGAAUGUGUAAAGUGCAGAAAUCACACUGACAGUAUUAACUGUCAGAGGUGUUCAGGGGACACAUGCAGCUCAAUGUGAUAUCAAGGAAAAUACAUAUAUAUCGCACUUAUUGUAGCUUAUUUUGGCAUCGAUCCAGCUGAUGUCAUCAUGUCUAUACAUGUGCUGAUGUCAGCACAGACACAUUUGACCCAUUAUA